AUGACGGCACCGGACUCUUACGAUCAUGCUUCGAAGACGGAAGCAAAUGGGGAAACCUUUACACUCGAGCAAGUCCGCACCGCAGGAGGCCAUAUCGCCGACCGAAGCCAGCCUGCUCUACCAGUAGUCCAUCGCAAGUUCGCCAAUCCAGCACCACUUGGUCUGCUAUCUUUUGCGACAGGCAUCUUCCUGAUCUCGAUACUUGGUGUCCACGCUCGCGGGAUCCAGGUCCCAAACAUCCUCGUGGGCGUCAUUAUGUUCUUUGGCGGUGUCUGCCAGUUCAUCGCGGGCAUCAUGGAGUUCGUUGCUGGCAAUUCCUUCGGCGCGACUGUCUUCCCGUCCUACGCGGCUUUCAACUUCAGCUACGCUAUGAUAUAUAUUCCAGGGACUGGCAUCAUCGCCGCGUAUACGAACAAAGCAACCGGGGAACUGUUACCCGACUUCAACAAUGCUUUGGGCAUGUUCUGUUGGGCGUGGUUCAUACUCACCGUCAUCUUUACCAUUGCAGCAGUUAGGAGCUCAUGGGUACUGUUCCUAACGCUGUUUUGCCUGGAUAUUGAGCUGCUCCUGCUUGCUGUCGGCUACAUGGUGAACAGCAGCCCGACCUUGAUUGCAGCAAACUCUGUCGGCUUUGCCGUUGCAUUCUUCAGCUACUGGGCCGGCUGCGCAGGGUUAUUCGCUGGCGGCUUGACUCCGUUCGAGCUGCCCACGUUUGCAAUGUACAAACAGGACUAA